AUGUCUGAUAACGAUGAUUUGAUGGACGAUUUAUUUGGAGAAGGUGGUGUGAGUGGUGAGAAUGUCGAUAAUCACGGAAAUUCUGGGGUUUUGAAUCAAUUUAAUGGUUUUAAUGACGACAACGACGACAACGACGACAAGAAUGACGACAAGAACAAUGACACGGAUGAAGCUCACACACAACCUACCAAUAACCCCUUGGAAUACAAUGAAGAGGAUAUGCCUAAUGAUGGCGUUAUCCUUGAGCAAGUCAGGACAGCUACGAUGGAUAUAAACAAUCUCCCACCUAUACGCACAUCCACCUACAAUUCACUUGCCAGAAUCCCAAACUUUUUAAACAUACAAUCUGCUGGUUUUGAUAGGCAGACGUUUGAAGAUGAUGAUAAGAAUCUACCUUCAAACGCCAAUACUUCAAAUACUAUCAGAUGGAGGUGGAAUCAAGAUGAGGAUGGCCACACAAUUGCACAAUCCAACAGCAGAUUCAUUCGCUGGUCUGACGGCAGCUUGAGCUUGCAAGUGGGAAAAGAGAUGUAUGAUAUAAACCUCAAUCAUGACGCGGACACUGAAACUCGUACAAAUCCCCGUCAAUUCGCUUUCUUGCAUCACGAAAAGAAUCAGGUCGUUAUGGGCGAUAGCGUGAUUGACACCCAGCUCAAUUUUGUACCACCUUCACUGGCUUCAAAUGUACACAAGAAGUACGCGUCGACUGUCAAUGACAAGCACUUUAAGGCUGCAAAGAUGAAAAUGGUCGAUAAAGAAACAGAAUCCAAGGAUCCACACAAGGAACUCCUUAAAAAGAUGGAAGAUGAUAAGAAAUCUGCGCGUAACAAAGCUAAAAUGGAGAGAGCUGCCGCGAAGAAGGAAGCCAUUGCUUCUGGACACAACCUCGAUUGGAGUAGUGAUGAUGAUGAUCUUAGUAGGGCAGCUGCCUCGAGGCGUAUAGGUGCACGAGGAACCUACGAAAAAGACCAAGAUGAUGGAUUCGUCGUGGAGGAUGAAGAGGACGGCGCUAUGGAAGAAGGAAUUGACGACGAAGAAGACGACGACGGUCAACACUCGCUUGACUCACUUGAAGACGCAGAAAACCGCAUCGAGCAGGAGAAGAAGGUUUAUAAGAAGCGUGUAGAAUCUGAUGAGGAGGAUUAG